ACACAUCCCUGGUUCAAAAAGAAAAUUCGCGGCAACUCUACCUUCAACAUUUGUGUUGUUGUGUUGAAUGAAAAAUAAAAUAAAUAGCAGUACGCACUACGCAACUACGCACAUCUCUACGCUCAUCCUCUAAAAUUAUCUUCUCUUUCCUGUACCAUUUUUCAAAUUCAGGUAAUUUAUGGAUGAUAGCAAAUGAAAUUAAGAAAUUUGAAAAUCAUAGCAACCAAUAAAUUGUUGAAAGUAAGAAAGUAUACUCGCUGUGUGUUUUUGUAGAUUUGUGAUUACGUUGGUUGCUGUUUCACCAUGUCCAACUUUCACAGAUUUGAAAUGGAUAAAGUUGCCUGCCGACAUCAUCCCGAUGCUCCACUCAUUGAAGAUUGUCACGCAGGUGAUACAAUAUGUUCGGAAUGUGGCUUAGUUGUAGGUGAUCGCGUAAUCGACGUUGGCUCUGAGUGGAGAACGUUCAGCAAUGAGAAAACAACCGAAGAUCCAUCUCGUGUUGGUGGUCCAGAGAAUCCUCUCUUAGGUGGUUCUGAUCUUUCCACCAUCAUUGGUCCAGCUCGAGGAAGCGCUUCUUUCGAUGAAUUCGGAAUGUCUAAAUAUCAUAACAGAAAGACGAUGAGUUCCUCCGAUAGAACGCUAAUCAACGCAUUUAAAGAAAUUGGAAGCAUGGCAGAUCGUAUCAAUUUACCUAAAGCGAUCGUCGAUCGGGCCGAUGUACUGUUUAAGCAAGUUCACGAUGGACGUAAUUUAAAAGGCAGAUCGAACGAUGCAAUUGCGUCAGCUUGUUUGUACAUCGCAUGCAGACAAGAAGGCGUUCCAAGGACAUUUAAAGAAAUUUGCGCUGUGAGCAAAAUCAGUAAGAAAGAAAUUGGCAGGUGUUUCAAGCUUAUACUUAAAGCGUUGGAAACGAACGUAGAACUGAUCACCACCGGCGAUUUCAUGUCGAGAUUUUGUUCUAAUUUGGGUUUGGCUAUGAACGUGCAAAGAGCUGCUUCUCAUAUUGCUCGAAAAGCUGUGGAAAUGGAUAUUGUAGCGGGAAAAUCACCCAUAUCAGUCGCCGCUGCCGCUAUUUACAUGGCAUCUCAAGCAUCAGAUGAUAAGAAAAACCAAAAAGAGAUCGGUGAUAUCGCAGGUGUAGCUGAAGCAACUAUCAGAAUGUCGUACAAACUCAUGUUGCCGUUCGCCUCGAGCUUAUUUCCUGCCGAUUUCAAAUACACAGUUCCUAUUGAACAGUUACCUCCAUCGUGAGAACGAGCCAAAAACCGUCGCAGUUUUAUUUUGUGAACAUCGACUGGCAACCUCCGUUUGUUUUAAUUCAUAUUUAAUCGCAGUGUUUUUACACCUCAUCAGAUGAAUCGUUAUUUCGAUGAACUAAAAAUUCUAUUUAACCAAUGUUUUUCGUAAUCCUUAAAUCCUUCAAUCGUGAAGUACCUACUUCGAGAGAGGUCGGUUAUUUUAUAUAAUCGUUGUUUUGCUUCCGCUCUAGUGCUAAGUGGUGUGUGAAAUUUUCAUUAUUUAUAUUCGAUAUUAUUAGAUUUUUCUACGAAUGCCCGAUUUAUUUCUAUUGUAAAAUAUUCCAAUUUAUAUGCUUUCAAGAAUACUUCAUAUUUUUCUCGAUGUCGGUUUCACGUCAUUUCAUCGUUUUAUUUAUUGUGAUCGGGUAUUGUAUUUUCUCCUUUCUAUAUUAUCAGAUUUAGAUCUCGCUCUGUGAAUUGUUUUAUUUAUUAUUAUUUUGAGACUGUAAUCGUAAGAUAAUUUAAUAUUUUGUACACGGUAAUUUUUAGUUGGAAAGAUUUUUAUGGAGCAUUGAAAAUACGCAUGAUCAAGAAUCAGAAAUAAGUUGUAAAAUGUUCCUUAAAGUACUAAGUGGUGUUUGAAAUUAUAUUGGCGUGGAACUAAAAAUUGUUUGUAUUUGUGUUAUAAUCGUAUAAAUAAAUUGAUGUUACUUAAA